GAACACCCUCUCCCAUGCACUAUAAACUUCACUGAAGACUUCACUUGAUAGUAAAUUCUUCUCAUAUACAAAACAUAACCAGAGAGAGAGAGAGGGAGAGAGGAGCAGGCAAGUGAUGCAGGAGGACCAGCAGGUGACCAAUAAUGCAGCUCCGUUGGCGCCGGGCGACGGCAGCGGCGGCGCUGGCAACCGUGUAGUGGCUAUCAACUUGGAUGGGAGGAGCGCUCUGCUGCCGCCGCUGCCGCCGCCUGACGACGGCAAAAGUGCUGAUCAUCAUCAUGAUGAGGAGCUUCAUGAUGAUCAUCAUCAGAAACCCGGGUGGAGAAAAUUCAUGUCCUUUGUGGGCCCCGGCUUCCUCGUCUCCCUCGCUUACCUUGACCCUGGAAACUUGGAAACAGAUCUUCAAGCUGGCGCUAACCAUAGAUAUGAGCUUCUGUGGGUGAUACUAAAUGGGUUGGUGUUUGCUCUAAUCAUCCAGUCACUCGCUGCAAAUCUGGGUGUGAGCACCGGGAAACACUUAUCAGAGCUAUGUAAGGCUGAGUAUCCCAUACAGGUGAAGUAUUGCCUCUGGCUGCUAGCUGAAGUUGCUGUGAUUGCUGCAGAUAUACCUGAAGUUAUUGGGACAGCCUUUGCAUUGAACAUUCUGUUCCACAUACCGGUGUGGGCUGGGGUUCUGUCCACUGGUUGCAGUACGCUCUUGCUUCUUGGCCUACAAAGAUACGGGGUAAGGAAGCUGGAACUGCUGAUAUCAAUGCUGCUGUUCAUAAUGGCAUUGUGUUUCUUUGGGCAAAUGAGUUACGUGAAGCCUCCCGCAUCUGAUGUCCUGAUGGGCAUGUUUGUCCCCAAGCUUAGCGGUCAAGGAGCCACUGGCGAUGCGAUCGCUCUCCUGGGCGCCCUCGUCAUGCCGCACAACCUAUUUCUGCACUCUGCAUUGGUGUUGUCCAGGAAAGUACCGAAAUCUGUCCGGGGCAUCAAUGCUGCCUGCAGAUAUUUCCUCAUAGAAAACGGGUUCGCAUUGCUAGUGGCCUUUCUGAUAAACGUAGCAGUUGUCUCGGUGUCGGGCACCGUUUGCUCGGCCAAGAAUCUCUCCAAUGGCAGUGAGGACACGUGCAGUGAUCUCACACUUAAUUCUGCAUCGUUUCUCCUAAAGAAUUUGUUGGGAAGAUCAAGCUCGAACAUAUAUGCCAUCGCGCUGCUGGCGUCUGGCCAGAGUUCUACCAUAUCAGGCACCUAUGCAGGGCAAUAUAUAAUGCAGGGAUUUCUGGACCUAAAGAUGAAGAAGUGGAUGAGGAACUUGUUGACACGGUGCAUCGCCAUUGCGCCUAGUCUUAUCGUCUCUAUUAUAGGCGGACCUUCUGGUGCAGGGCGACUCAUUGUCAUUGCAUCGAUGAUUCUUUCUUUUGAACUUCCAUUCGCUCUCAUCCCUCUCCUCAAGUUUAGUAGCAGUAAGACCAAGAUGGGACCACACAAGAACUCCGCUAUUGUAAUUGUCAUCUCCUGGAUACUUGGCUUUGGAAUAAUCGGCAUCAACAUAUAUUACCUGAGCACGGGUUUUGUGGAUUGGCUGAUUCACAACAGUCUACCAAGAGCGGCAAACGUGUUUGUCGGGAUCAUUGUUUUUCCCUUGAUGGCAGUGUAUAUCUUUGCGGUAAUCUACCUGACCUUCCGGAGGGACACCGUCAUAACUUUCAUAGAGCCGACCAAGCACGACCUGAUGAAAUCGGGCUGCACAGAGAGCGGGUUGACGGAUGCCGAUGGAGAAGAAGAGGAGGAUGAAAUUCCAUACAGAGAGGAUUUGGCCGAUAUCCCUCUGCCCGAAUAGGAACUUGUUAGUGAAGAGCUUCAUCACUGACCAUGUGUGCUCGAGGGAAAUUGGCCAUGGACCUCAAAAGCUCGAGUGGGUCUUUACGCUUUCGGUGUCGCUCGUUAAUCUGAAGUGAUUAGGCAGUAUUGGAAUGUAAUGAUUUGCUUGACCAAAG